AUGAAGCCUUCAUCAUCCUCCUUGGAGAAGAGAAAAGCCUUUGAGAAUGACAAGCCUUUUCUUCCUCUCACCCAAUCAUCCUCCCUACAACCUCAGCACGAUCAUUCCUCUAAGGACUCAAAACAUGCUCAACCACAUCAUCAUUCAUCCAUCAUGAAUGUACCUUCCACCACACAUGUGCAAGUUGACACUGAACGUCCUCCACUUGACACAAGUCCUUCUUUGAAUCUUCUUCCGUCGAACAAGACUUCACUCUUUCCAUCCGAUCCCUCGACAAGCCUUAUUGUCUCUCCUCAUGUGUUCACUCCCAAUCUCUCAUUGUUGAGCUCACCACCAUUUUCAUUCUCCAACUCGGACGAGUCUUCGUGGUUACCUUCGGUGACUCAACUCUUGGAUGAACGACUGGAUUUGAAUGCAUUCUCAUCAACAACGACCUCAAUUUUAGAUCAAGGAGAGGCUUUUGUUCAACUUUUGGAACGAAGAGGAAUUGAUUCUCCCAAUAAGGUAAAUUUGAAUGGACCAUUGAGAAAAACUACAAGAUUGGUGGUGCCGUUUCCAACAUUGUCAAGCACUUCAACAACAUCGAACAUGUGUCAGGCUUUACCUAAUUUAUAUUCAAACAUUGCAGACAGCAGUCAGCGAUUUAUUCCAAUGAAUCUUACUAGUCAAGUAUUUUUCACUCGAUUGAAUUUAUUGGAUCAACAUCAUCCAACGAAUGCUCAAUCAGGAUGUUCAUCAUAUCCAAGCAUGAAUUAUGUAGACACACAUCGGAAACAUCUUAGGGCUAGUAACCAAACAUGUAAUCAAUCCAAUACCAAUAGACCUCGUGUCACACCUCAACGAUGCCUCACACCAGAACAAAAUCGUCCUUCAUCACCUCCCUCCGUGAAGAAACAGUAUCGAAAAGUGAAAAGAGAAAUGACAUCCUCGAAAACAAUCGUUCAUUCGGCCUUUUCAUCACCAAGAGGAAUCACAAAAACGUCGUCGAGAAAUGAAUCAAGAAGAAUAUUGGUGAAUCGAGUCGCUCAAUUAUUUCAACAUCAAGACGAAGAAGACGCCCUUUAA